AUGUUGCGCAUCAAUGGCCUGAUGCCCAAAUUGGACCAGGAGGAAAUGAAAUGGAAGAUGCUUGAGGAUGUGAUCUCCUCCAUAUGGAAGUUUCUUAUCUAGGUGGCCCUGCUGUGAGUGACUCUCUUCAUCUUAAUGAAAUUAGAUAGGAUACGCAGAUAUGGCAGCACAUGA